AAAUAUAUAUGAUGUUUUUAUAAAUUUUAAAUAUCAAAUUCAGUAAGAUAUUCCAAAACAAUUACAAAGAUAUUAUACAUACCUAGGAUUAUCUUACUAAAUUACACAUAUAUUUCAAAUCCAGUAAUAUAUUGAUAAAUAUAUAUUAGUUCUUCCUAAAAACAUAUUUAAGAUUCUAUUUUAAAUACACAUUUAUGAAUAUUCUUAAAUUUAUGAUGAUAUUAUACAUAUUUAUUAAUAUUUUCCUAAAUUUUAGGUCUAAAUUUUAGGGAGAUAUCAUAUAUUAUUCAAAAUGGUCUUUCUAAACUUACACUAACGAAAAUAGCAUACAUAUUUAAGAAGAGUUUCCUAUAUUUUGUUAGUUUUUGUUUAAAAUAUUUUUUAGAUUUUUAAAGAGUAUUAUUAAAUAUUUAUUUAUUUUAUACUCAUUUAUGAAAAUAUUUAUUAAUUUUUUAGGAUGUUAUUUUUAGUUUUGGUUUUAUUUUUUUAGGUUCAGUUUCGGUUUGCUUUUUUUUGGUUUAAAUGUCCAAAACUAACCAAUAUGGUCUAUAAAUUAAUAUUUGAUAAAUUAAUAAACACUCUAAAUUAAAAAAAAAAUCGGGUUGGAGUUGUGAUAGUUCAAAAUAUGACACAAAAUAUAUAAAAUAAUAUAUUUUUUAAAUUUUUUUUAUGUAAAUACAUAGUCUCAUUAAAAUCAUAAAUUAAUAAUUUAUAUAUAUAUAUAUAAGAUUUAUAUAAGUACAAACAAAACAUUGUAUUAUUUGUUGUAUAUCAUAAUGAAGUCCAUCUCUUCUUUUCUUAACAAUUCAAUAUACUCCGAUAAUAUUUAGUAAAAUUAUAUCAAAAGCUACAUUUAAAUUCUUUGAAACAUAUUUCAUAUAUACCAAAUAGUAUAACAAAAACUAUAUAAAAUUUGAAUUUUUAAAAUUUAAUUUAUAUGUAUGGAAAAAUCAAUUAUUUUUCUUAUUUUAUAAAAAUAUAUUAUAAAAUAGAAGAAUCUAAAAAUGUUUUUUUAAUUAAUAACUCUAUAGAUUAAUAAAAUUUAAUAGUAUAGCAUUAUUAGCUUAUAGAGUAUUUAUUGUAUUAAACGAUUGAUCACCGUAGCCUAUAAAUUAAACAUCUCUAGUCUAGUUUCUAAACUUCCUCCCUCAAUCACACUACAACUUAAACUCAGAACAAAACAAAAAACACCAAUCCCUUAUGAUGCUCUCUUCUUCGCCAACUUUCUUUUCUCCUCCAUUACUCUCCUCCUCUUCUCCACCGUUCUCCGCUGUGCCACCACCGCCCCGUACAUCCCAGAUCUCUCUUUCCGCGACCACCGCCUCCUCCUACACCUGCGCCGAAGAACCACCGAGAUUGCGCCAGAUUCCGCAGAGACUUUCGGCGACUCCGUCGCUCUACGAGAUCCUCGAAAUCCCCGUCGGCUCGACGAGCCAGGUGAUCAAAUCGGCUUACCGGCGGCUAGCCAGGAUCUGCCACCCUGACGUGGCUGGAAAUGAUCGGAAAUGCUCGUCGGCUGACGCUUUCACGAAGAUUCACGCGGCGUAUUGCACUCUUUCUGAUCCCGAGAAACGCGCCGUUUAUGAUCGGAAGAUCCUUUGCGGGCGCCGGCCGUUGACUGUCGGUGUUUCUAGAUUUGGCAGUUACGGAGGAGGGAACUGGGAAACUGAUCAGUGCUGGUAGCGAGUUGACUCGGUGAUCGAGGUGGGACAAGUGCAUUAUAUUUUUUUUUUUUUCGUAAUUAGUAACAUGGUAAAUAGUCUCUGAUACGCCCCGUUUAUCGUACCACGUAGGAUCAACGUUUUUAACUUUUUAUGUUUCUUUCCUUUUUUUUUUUUUUUGAAAACUGUCAUUCAUUAACCUAAAAACUAAACUAAAAGAGAAAAAAACACAAGCCAAGGAGGCCAUUGUUUUUAUGUUUCUUUCAGAAUUGUUCAUCACUGUGUAUUUAAUAAAUAAUGAGAUUGUAUUACAGUAAUGCCGGUGGUCUACUCCGUAAACUACAAACAUAUAUAUUGUCCAAUUUAAUAGAACAAGAGUAACAUAAAUUAGCUAUAGUUAAAAAAAUUAAUUGUAGCCGUUAAAAACUUAAUUCUACGAAUGGAUUAUGGGAAAAGAAAAUUAGGACAAGGUUUUGCCGUUUUGGUAUAGUAGAUUUGAAGGUUUUGAGAGGUUGAUAGAACAAGGAAUACAAGGCCAACUAUCACAUUCUAAAAUUCAGAAUCUGAAGCCCUUGUUUAGAUAUUAAUUUUUUAACAAUUCCACAUAACAUUUGCAACAUAUUAUUUUGCUGUGGUGAAAAUAGUUUAUGAACGAAGAUUUUUUUGGGAAUCCUAUAAGAACCUUUGAAAAGUAGUUUUGUUCCGUCGGCUAAAGCUCGAAGAAUUCCUAAUGGACCGACAUCUAAAUAUACAAAUGUGGUGGCAAGAGUGGGGUCAGUCAAAUCGCCUCCAGGUACAUGAAGUAAGAAGCCCUUUUGACAUCUCUUCUCCCAUGUACGAUCCAUAUUAGAUUUGACCAACUGACUCCAAAUGAAUGGCCUGUCUUUGUAAUAUACCGGGAAAAGAUUUAAAAAUGCAAAGAUUAUGUAAU